AGAUAUUAAAACUAAAAUAAUAAUUGUGCAUUCAAAUAUGAUUUGCCCUUGAUAAAAAAUAUGACAAUUAUGUAUAGAUCUUAUAUUAGUCUUUAUGGCUAAUGUAAAUACCGAUUGUGAUUUAUCUUCCCAAAAAAACAUUCCAAACAUAUCUCAUACAAUUAAAAUAGAUCUACCUCAAGAAUGCUAUACCGAUGUCCAUUAUUCCUAUAACAAUAUUAAAAAUCCCAUAAAUUUUAAAGCUAACAAUAUAUUAGAUUUUUUGGAUAAUGAAGAAAAUAGAAAAUAUAUGAUGGAGAAUAGUAAUAAUGUUGUUAGAAGGAAAAUUCCUUAUGAAAAUAAUAAAGAUUGUUUAUGGUAUUUGAAAAAUUGUAAUGAAAUUAAGAGAAAUUUUAUAUAUGCAAAUGAUAAAAGUACAUUAGCUCUUCAAGCUGGUCGCACUGUUGUCAAUUGUAAAAAAAUAUUAGAUAAUAAAAAUUCCAUGAUAAUUAAUUCCCAAGACAAGAUAAGUGAUAAAAUUAAUAUUGAUAUUAAAGAAAAGUGUAGUAAAAUGGAAAUUAAUACUAAAAUUUUAAACUCAGAUAAAUGUUUAUUGGAUAUCAAUAAUAGAGAUAUUAAUAAAUGCAAUAUUAACUUGUAUGAUCAAGAUGACUCUCUUUUGGUUAUACCCUAUAUUUAUGCAAUCAAUAUUUUGGGGAAAUAUGUACAUAGAUUUACAGCCAUUACAGAUGAUAUGCAAUAUCUAUAUAAUAUGUUCAUUGAUUUUUUCCAUAAUCAUGUGAUUGAUAGAUCCAUGGAAAGAGCAUUAGAAAUAUCAGGCAAUUUAAACUGGUGGACUUCUAAGGAUCAAAACGAGAAUCAUCCAUCAUCAAAACUAUGGGUAAUUAAUACGACGAGGGACGGGAACUGUUUACUACAUGCCAUAUCAUUAGCCCUAUAUGGUCACGAGGACAAUGCACUCGAGCUCAGGAAACUAUUAUUCCAAACCCUUUUAAAUGACAAUGACGAUCAAUCCAAAAAUAUUUCUAAUAAUGAAUUAAUGUUUCCUGGUGGUCCUUUUCAAAGGAGAUGGAAAUAUAGGCAGAUGCUAUUGAAUCAACAAUAUGGUCUAUCCUUGUGCCCAGACGAGUGGGAUCGGGAAUGGUCCGCUAUAUUAAAUCAGUCAGCUCCCAUACCAUGCACCCUCAAAAAAGGCGACGUCAAUAGCGAAAGGAAUUUUGGGAGCAAUCACGGAAAUCUUCAAAAUACGCACACCUAUUUAAGCCUCGAGGAAAUACAUAUCUACGUUAUGGCCAAUAUAUUGAACCGGACGAUAAUAGUGGUGAGCCCGGAUUACCUCAAUGAUAUUAACGGCAAACCACUAUCACCCAUAACCUUCGGUGGCAUAUACCUUCCCCAAGAUUUUUAUAUUCAGAAUAGUAAUGGAAAUAUUACUUCUAAUACGGAUCAAAGUGUCCAUAAAAGAACACCUAUUAUAAUAGCAUACGAAUCGUCCCAUUUUUCGCCUUUAGUUAUAAUGGAUAUCGAUUUGCCCGAAAAUUCUAUUGUUAGAAUACCAUUAUUUCACCAGAACCACCGACCUUUGCCUAUUCAAUUUCCCGUCGAUCCUUACUUACUUCAAAAUGAAGACAGAAUUGCGGAUUUUAACGAUUCCUCCUCUUGUCAACACAGAAAUACACCAUAUAACCAUCGUGACAUUUAUAAUUGCAAUAAUUACAAUACCCUGGACUUCAGAAGUUCGAACAGCAAAUUAUGCGGAAGUAGUAUUAAGAAAAAAAGGAAUAAAAGCGUCCCCCCACCCAUGAUCCAAAAUUAUGAUCAACUUUCUACUAAACUUUUUAAUAAACAACAGCAGACCGAUGAUUUCGAAAUGUUUAAUACCGUGGAUCGCUUUACCCCCUUAAGCGAUACUCAAUUAGAUUACCAGUCAUUAUUGAAUUCUUAUCUAAACGUAUCUCAUAUUAAACCUAAAUUAUUCGAAUUAAAACUUUACCUGUCCCAUUCAUCUCAUGGGAUUAAUUAUAAUCACGUGAAUGAUUCUUACACUACCGAAAUAUUUUGUGACAAUUUGAUGUGUAAAUUCGAAAAUUUUUGCCAGAGCAACAUUUAUAACAACGAUUACUACAAAAUCAAUCGUUCGUACAAGGAAAUAGGAAACAAGGAUGAUCAACGCCAUAUUACGAAACAAACGAAUGAUUUUAACCAUUUUACUCCCCUAGAAAAUUAUCAACUAACUAAAGAUUUUUUGAGAAUCAAUCCGAUCCCAUCUCACUCAAACCAAAUUCAUCGGAAUGGCUUGAUACCAUCAAUUUAUAAUGACACUUUUCUUAAUAAUAAAUUAGAUUGUUAUACCAACUAUAAAAAUAUUCAUCAUGAUAUUGAUAAUAUCAACAAUUUCAAAAUCAAUUACCAUACCAAUACUGAUUGUAGCGCUAAUUAUCUAAGUGAUAAAAUUAUAAUGUCACAAGUCAAUACACUCCACAAUCAUCGUUCAAAUCACAUUUUGAAUAUUAUUCCCAGUUCUGAUUUUAAAGGGGCUUUAGAUGACAAAGUCCAAAGAUCUAACAAAACCUAUCGAGAGAUAGGUAAAAUAGUAGAUUGGUGUUUGACGACAAAAGAAGGCCAUAAUAAUAAGAUUGGUGGGAUUGGUUCGCCCUUAAAAACACUCGAAUGGGACAAAUUGCAUUACGAUAAGCCAAAGAUUAAGGUUCCAGAUACUGAUCGUGACAAAAGUUCGAUAACCGACGACAACAAUCCAGUAUAUAAAAAACCAUCGCUUAUUUUAGCUGCUAGAUACUGUGAUAUUUCUAAAUCUUUAUCUGCUAUCAAUGAUUGUGUAUUAAAUUCCUUCAAAUUAUCUCCCGUUUUAUCUAACGAUAAAAGGGCUAAUUAUGGCAACAAAGAACAAUGCAAGCUUAAAAUAAAAGGUGGUGAUAAAAUUGAUAUUACUAAAAAUAAGAAUAAAACAAACGCAAAUAGAAAUUCGACGUUUUUCCGCGACAUUCCCUGGACUCGAGACCUGCAUAAGCCUGUCGAAAAAAAAAAUACUCGAAUAUUGGCGAAUUUCCAUGAUACCAAUAAGGAUAUAAAAUUUAUACGAAAUAACAAAGAUACUAGACUAUACGCCUUGCAAAAUAUAAACAAUAAUAAUUCCAACGAUUCCCCAAAUUCUACCUUAUCACCUCCCCACCACAGAUCGCUCUGCCACCCUUUCUCAUUUCACGGUUUAUCUCACCACCACCACAAUAAUAAACGAAAUUCCCAAUUCUUCGCCCCUCACCCGAUAUCUUCCACUCACAAUAUUUUUGAACCAAUCCAAGAUAUAACAUGUCAUAUUGAGACCCGUAAUACCAAUAACGAUAAUAAUUCCAACCUUGAUAAACAUAUUCUUAUCGAAAUCCCUUGUACUAAUGAUAAAGCUUUAAACAAUAGUUGUAGAAUUUAUUUAGACAACAUUCACCCCGAAGAUAGUCAUCCAAAUCUAGGAAAGGAAACGUCGGACUAUCGCUAUAACGAGAGAUUGCUAUCAAAAUUUGAGUCGACGCUCAAGAUAAAUAAAAAUGGGUUGGCAUUAGCCAAAAUGUUACGCUCAAUCAAGCACAAAUUUGUACAUUCGCACAGGGCUCAACUUAUAAUCAAUGGUUUACUUUUAGACUGUAAUUCCGCACAUGGCUGCGCUGAUGUGGAUGUUUGUGAUGCUAACGUCAUAGGCGACAAUUUAUUAGACAAAAUUUUAUGCAAUUCCAGUUUUAAUAAUGGGGUUUUGAUUAAGCGAUCCAAUAGUUUUCGUCUUUUGAAACCGAAGCAAGAGUUAUUGUAUAAAGAAUCACCAUAACGAUUAAUAUAUAUUUUUUGAAAUUUAUUAUAUACAAAUUAAUAGAGUUUUAUCAUUUUAUAAAAAAAAUAUUUAUAACAAUACAUCUCGGUGGAAAAAAUUAAAAUUUUUAU